UCGAUAGAAAGAGAAAAAGGAAGAACCAGGAUGAACAUCGCUGGAAUUAAGAUGGACUGGACUAUCAGAUUGUAUGCUGUUGUAUGGAUCUUGAUCAUAACUACGCCAAGUUACAAGGCAACGAGUUUGGAGAAUCCAAGUAUCGAUGGUAAUAACGAAGAAGCGUCAUUGGAGGAAACUACUGAGGAUUAUUGGGCAGGAAGCGGAUCUGGACCGGAGGACGAGCAUUCAUUGCAAAAUGAAACAAGAGAAGCUUUGACACACGAAGCAAGUGAUCACGAUGCGGUUGUAUAUGUGGGCGAAGGAGGAGCAUACGUUCCUGUACCAUCUUUAAAAAAUCAUCCAUUAAGCCCGAACCUUCAAGCUUUGCAAACUCUUCAAGGUCUUCAAGGAUUAACAGGUGGUGGUGGAACAGGAGUUGUAGCCGACGAAGAAUGGCGAAGACAUCCAGAAACCUGGGAUAGGGAACAUCGAAGGUAUAGACCGAACACAACCAGAGUACAACAUAUCGAAGCGGAGUGUCAAGACGAUUACAUGAAAAUCAGGAUUGGUUUUAAUGGAUCCUUCACUGGAUUACUUUACUCGGCAGGAUAUUCUUACGAUCCAGACUGCAUGUACGUUAAUGGGACUGGCCGUGAUUACUAUGAAUUCUAUAUCCAAUUGAAUCGAUGCGGUACCCUGGGCGAGAACACUCAUCACCAGGACAGCAGAAAAAAUCCCACGAAAAAUCUCAUGUGGAAUACCGUCACCGUUCAAUAUAAUCCAUUGAUCGAGGAGGAAUUUGACGAACAUUUUAAAGUCACCUGCGAGUAUGGCUACGAUUUUUGGAAGACCGUGACAUUUCCAUUUUUGGACGUAGAGGUCGCCACGGGAAAUCCCGUAGUCUUCACCCUCCAGCCACCGGAGUGCUACAUGGAAAUCAGAUACGGUUACGGGACCACUGGAACUAGAGUGGCUGGACCAGUUCGCGUUGGCGAUCCUCUGACUCUCAUUAUCUACAUGCGCAGCAAAUACGAUGGUUUUGACAUAGUUGUGAACGAUUGUUACGCUCACAAUGGUGGAAACAAGAGGAUUCAACUUAUCGAUCAGUACGGAUGUCCCGUCGACGAUAAACUGAUUAGCAGAUUUCGAGGAUCCUGGUCGGAGAGUGGAUUAUUCGAGACUCAAGUAUUCGCAUAUAUGAAGACAUUUAGGUUUACAGGCUCGCCUGCAUUGUAUAUCGAGUGCGACGUUCGUAUGUGCCACGGUCGAUGUCCGAGUCAACCAUGCCAUUGGAGGAAUGCAAAAAAUGUUGCGAAAAGAUCUGUGUCGGACAUGAUCGGUGGACCAACGACACCAGCUACGAGUUUAUCGGAAAACGUAAAUCUUUUUCAAUCCCUACGUGUACUUCAAGAAGGAGAAGUGGACACGGAAUUAUUCCAAAACUCUACUACAGCUUCUCGCAAUGGUUCAAACGAUCCCUCGAACGACAGAGUGUGUUUAAGAUCGAGCGUGAUGAGCACGAUCGUAGGAUUAGGCUGCGGUAUAAUUUGUUUAUUGUCGGGCACAUUAUUAGCAAUGUGUUCGCGAAUGCGACGACAAGCGCGAGAGAAAUUGCUCUCGGAUAGCAUAAGUUACAUGACGCACAAGGGUAGAAUUAAUUAAGUGGUCCUGGGUGAAAAUAUAUUUGGGGAUUAAUUUCGUUCUUCCUUCCCGCGGUUCUAGCGAUUGCAAUGUUUUUUUUUUUACCGACGGAGAUCGGUCAAGAAGGGUUGGGAAGGGGGGAAAAAGAGAAAAAAGUAAAAAAAAGAAAAAAAAAAAGAAAGAAAGAGAAAGAACGAAAUGAGAAUUCGUCGGUAAAACAGAAAUCUGCAUUACCGUUACUCGAUGUCGCGAGACAUCGACGUUAUCGGGAGGGACGAACGAUAAAAGAGAAUCGAAUGGAUUUUUAUCUAAAUGCCAACGAGUAUGCAACAAGUUAACACGCUACUUCGACGAAAGACUUUAGUAUUUUAGUGUGCCUAACGAUAAAACAAGUAACGCCUUAACAACUAUAAUUUACUAUUUAGUUUAAUUCAUUAUAUAAUGAUUCAUUAAUACUCAAGACGAGGAGCGUAAUAUUUAAGAACGACGACCUCGGUACUAUUAUUUUAUUUUUGCCUUAACUCGAUUUUUUCCGUUUUCAUUGAUGAAAACGUUUCCGCCGAUAAAGUAGAGUUCUACCGGUAAUGUAGUAAUCAUUGCGAGUUGUGAAAUCAUUGUUACUCGUAAUUUUGAACGAGUACUU